GAAAGUCACUCAAUAAUUCUUAGUACUGAAGAAAUUAAAAUCACAAAGCUAAAGGUUGAAGUCUGAUUACAAAAUGAGAACCCCCCACUCUUAACGGUUCGUUCAACUUCAAAACCAAACGACUAACUGUAAAAUUUGCAACUGGAUUUCUUAGCUCGCGGCGAUAGCAACGGUUAUAUUUCUACAAAAUUGAUUUAAAAAAAUAAUGUCCGAGUCACACGGCCCCUCCGCUUCAAACAUUAAUAAUAUUAUUGUGCCGGAAAUUUCAGUCGAGUUCGUGAGCGAUGAAGAGAUGGCUAUAAUCGAUGCAGCCUUGGCUGCAACUCGCUGUUCACUCACUUCCUCUAAGAUUUCUUCGAUCUGUUCUCCAUCUCAGCUUCAAAGAAACGCCAGGUCUCUGCGCUCUAUCACUUUGCUAUCGAAAAGGAGGUUUUCGGGGUGUAGUGCACCUGAUAUUGAGGAUUCGGGUGAUUUGGGGUUGAGCAAGAAGAGGAAUGAGGUUCCCGAAUCGUUUUUGGAACGAUUUAGGAAGGCAAGAAGCUUGUCUGUUACUGACAUAACUGGCACGGAAUGGUGUGAAAAACAAAUGGAGUUCACUCUCCUUUAUUGUAGAAAAAGAGUAAGCAAAGCUAUGAGGGCUGGCGAGGCACGCCAUAAAAAACUUGUUGAAGAGCAGGUCUCUACAGAAGUCAAAAUUCUUGGCCGGUCAGUUGAAGAAGUGUGGGCUAUUAAAUUAAUCAAUUUCAUAACUGGAGCAAAUCAAUUGUUGUCUGAAGGGCUGACACGUGAGCUGCCACUAUAUGGCUUUAUAGAAGGUGUAUGGAUGGUGGGAGUGAUUGACGAGAUCCGGAUGCCCAUAAAAGAAACUCAUGGGAGCCCAAUAUUAGUAGACACAAAAACACGUGUCCGAGAGACACUUCCUUCUGAAUCACAAAGAAGAAAUAGAAGGCUUCAACUAAUGUGCUACAAGUGUAUGUGGGACAAUUUAGCAGCUGGUGGUUUUCCACCCAGACAGUUUUUUAAUUACUUUUCGCUGAAUCCUGAUCAUGUCUUGUCUGAAGAAAUAAGAAAGAGCAGCACUGAUGCAGGCUAUCCAGCAAAGACCCUUGAGGACAUUGUGACAUUCUAUAUGAACACAUGGAACAUGCUGCAGCCUACCCAUGACCAACUAUUACUUAGAUACGAAUUUCAGAAAGAUGAGUCACUAGUUGUUGAAGAGAAAUUUUCUUAUGACCAAAAUUGGCUCAAGAGUCAAAUUCAAAAUUGCCUUGAAUUCUGGAAGGGUGAGCGGGAAGCUAAUUACACACCAGUGGAAGAGCGAUGGAAAUGCCAGUUUUGUCAAUUUGCGCGGAUGUGCUCUGGAAAUCCUUAGCUUGAAACCCCUCCCAAUUCCUCUCAGACUGAUUCUAAUACGAAAGAAACACUUCAAAAUUCUUCUUUUCUGGUAUAAUAAGGUGUAGACCAUGCUAAGAAUCCUGCUCAGAAGCAAAAUAUUUAUAGUAGCUUCUUUGUCUAACCUGUAGCUCUAUAUUAUUUGUGUUGUAAGUCUCGCUCUUUGAAUUGUAAAAACUCAAUUGUAUCCAUCAUUUGAUCAUAAAAUUAUUGUUAUUUCAUUAACCA